CCUAGGAGGGGCGGGGCAGAAGCUGCUCGAAGCGUUUAUUUACGUGCUUAUAUAAAACAGGUGGCAGUUAUACAGUCAUUACAUAUCAUUACAUAGCAUCGUCUGCGGCAUGGCUCCCCCAGCAGCUGAGACGCAGAAGCAGGAGGUGAGGAGGAAGGAGGAGGCGCGGACAGGGUACACCUAUGAAGAAUACAAGCAUACUGCAGACUGGCUCUUGUCAAAGACAGAGCAUCGCCCUGCAGUGGCCAUUGUAUGUGGCUCUGGACUUGGAGCUUUGGGUGAAGUUUUAAAGAAUCAAGUUGCCUUUAACUACAGUGACAUUCCCAACUUCCCACACAGUACAGUUCCUGGACAUGCUGGACGUCUUAUAUUUGGAAAUUUGAAUGGAAAGCCAUGUGUGUGUAUGCAAGGACGGUUUCACCUCUAUGAGGGUUACUCACUUUGGAAGGUUACAUUUCCAAUCCGUGUUUUUCGCCUGAUUGGGGUUGAAACGCUCAUUGUGACGAAUGCUGCAGGAGGACUGAAUCAAGACUAUAAAGUUGGGGACAUUAUGGUGAUUAAAGAUCACAUAAAUUUGCCAGGGUUUGCAGGACAGAAUCCACUCACAGGUCCUAAUGAGGAUAGGUUUGGCCCUCGGUUUCCACCCAUGUCAGAUGCUUACGACAAAGACCUGAGGAAGCUGGCUUUGUCUGUUGGGCAAGAGCUGGGAUUCUCUGAGAACAUGAAGCAAGGAGUGUAUUGUAGCCUUGGAGGACCCAAUUUUGAGACCAUUGCUGAAUGUAGAUUCCUCAAUAGCCUUGGAGCUGAUGCUGUUGGGAUGAGUACUGUACCUGAGGUGAUUGUCGCCAGACAUUGCGGUCUAAGAGUUUUGGGCAUGUCUCUCAUUACGAACAAGGCGGUGAUGGACUACGACUGUGAACUCACUGCUAACCACGAAGAAGUGCUGCAAGCUGGAAAAGAUAGUGCCAAGUUCCUAGAGAAGCUGGUGACUCUCCUGAUCCAACGCAUUGAGCUGAACAAUAAUGUGUUCUAGGAAGGGUGUGUGAUGGGCCGGAGAAAGUGCUGCCUCUUCAUCUAGGCCCUUGUAUUUAGAAUUAGUGGCCACUGCCAAGUACACUCAGCUAUUUCUCUGUGCAGGGUACUUUCUCCAACCAUAGGGGCUCAUUAGCACGGUUCUGUACCCACCUGCUGUGUAGAGAACUGGACCACAUUCCUCAGCUAUAAAUGUGCUUUAUGACUUUUGACAUGACAAGCAUUCCUCUUUCCCUCCUUCUCAGACCCUUUAGCACUGAUAUCUGAGAUCGUACACAUGUUUUUUGGUAGAUAUCUUUGCAUUCAUUGCAUGACUAUCUAGAGUUCUCCUCUCAUUGUACCUUUUAUGAGAAUAUCAUUUGUUACAUUGAAAUGAAUAGCUUGGUGAUGUUACAAUUUUAUAAUUAUUAAUGCUAUUUAUUUAUAUUAUGUAAAGGCAUUUGUGCACACGUUACUUUUUUUUUUUUCUUUUUUUACAGUCCUCCAUUAAUUUUGACCAUAUAUAACGGUUUAGCUCUAAAUAACAAUGAAGACUUGAAUUUCAUGAGACAAAACUGCAAAGCCAAUCUAAUAGAUCUUGCUGUUUAUUAAUGCAAAGAAUACCUGGGGGCUUUAAUAGACUUCUGGUACUGUAUUGCAUUUGUUUCUAAUAUUAAAUGUACUGUACUCUUCCAUGCAUCAGUGUUUGACUUUAGGAUCAAAGCUGAAUGAGCUAAUGCGGGCUUUAGUAGUACUGGUACAUUCUCUGGUAUAUUUUAUAUUUUUAAAUAGGUGCAAAAUGGUUUUUACUCAUGAACAGAGUAGUUCAUAUAAUCUGCUCCUUGCAUGAAAUUCUCAUAUGGACAAAGUAAUGACUUUGGUCUUAAAAUACUAUAGAACUUAGUAUUUUACAUCCACCUCACACUGCUUCUUAAUAAACUGUACUCUAAGGCCAGGUUCACACAAAGCAGUUAUUGAUGCAGUUUUCAAUUUGCCAAAACAUAAACUGGAUCCUAACAGAAAGGAAGGUAUAACUAUAAGUUUAAUAGGUAUAUAUUUAUAAUGGAUAUUCGAUCUGGGAGGCACUCAAAAUAUCUAGGGUUGUAUAAAUUGACCGCAAUGUGAGAGAUGCUAUGAAUGAUUUAUUAUAUUAACAAUCCAGACUAUUUUUGUAAAAGAAAGAUUAAAGAUGAGAGGAUAGUUGAUUAUCUCAGAUAAAUAAACCAUUUUUAUUAACAAGAAAAUAUUGGAAAAAAAUAUAAAAUAUAAAUCUUGUAUGAACAUUGUGCUAUAAUUUUAUAUGUAGAAAAAUGUUUUCCAUAUAGAGAAAUAAAAAAAAAAUGUAAAAAAUAUAUAUUGGACUUGUUCAC